AUGUCUCUAAACGAAGAAUCAGCAAACCACAAAGACAAGGAGAAAAAGUCCAGGUGGAAGAUCUUCUCCUCAAAGGACAAAGAUAAGGGCAAGGACAAAGAAAAGCGCAGCAGCUUGGAGCCUCCAGCACCCGACGUGGAGGCAAACUCGGGCGAUUCUACCUAUGGCAGCAGUGAACCCAACAACUCCCUCACGACGGAGGCCGAGACGAGUGCCCCAAGGAGUGCCAACAAUACCAACGCGGAGAUCCAGAACCCCUCGUCGUAUACCAGCCCCACCAUUAGACGAGAGACUCACACGAAUCCCAACACUGGGCAGACAAUAACCACGACUACAACGACAACCACCACUACGACGGUUAGCAAUGCCAACGGGACUGUAUCAACGAUUGAAGAGCCUCGUCCGCCCUCCGAGCUGCCGACCGUAAGCAACCAGGAUUUGCCACGCACAGCCACCCCCAAGCAGCCAGACCAGCAGCCAGACCGAGAACCAACACCCCAGGACCAAACAAUGUUGACGCCAACGAGUCGACGACCGAGUGUCGAGACACCAGGACGUCGAGUUAUCCCUCCUCGUGAGCCAAUCCCCAUACGGAGCCCCGUCGAGAACGCCCCAAUCAUACCAGAACGCGAUGCAAGAAGAAAGUCGACCGAGGGCCAACCAAACAACACUGAAGGGCUCUACCCGGCUCCUCUCAGCAGUCCCAGGCCCCCCGUCAACUUUUCCCACCCGUCACCAAAGUCGACGAUACAGAAUCUCAAAUGCGCAGCUGCCGGUAUCCACGGCGCCGGCGAAACCCUCCGUGGAACACUCAACUCGACCGUCGACAAGCACUUUGGCUCAAACCCGCAAGCCAUGGAAAAGAACCAGGCCGCGAUCGAUAAAGGGCGGUACGAGGUUGAGAACAUGCGAUUCUUUCACCCCAAUGAAUACUGGCAGCAAGACCAUGAGAGCCGGCCGUACACGAAUGAAGCCCCCUUCUACCGCGUCUGGUUCACCUGCGUGGACCCCCUCACCCUGAUCCCAACCGUCUACGCGUUCAUCUACACACCCGAAUUCAUGCUCGAAGGUCUCAUCCCGCCCAGCAUGGCCGUCUACAACCCAAUCGAAGGUUUCUUCUAUCACCAGCUUUCAGCCCUCUACGCGUUCGUGGGCAUCAUGCUCGGUGGUGUCCUGCGUGUCACCUCUGAUAUCAAGGUGUGGAGGAUCAUUGUCGCGGGAGUCUUGCUCAUCGAUGUCUCGAUUCUGGCUAGCGUGUAUGUCAAUCUUCAACGGCAGGGUAGGCUUGAGAUGGAAAAGUGGCGUUGGCAGGAUUGGGGGAACAUCCUGUGGACGGGAGGAGUGGCUGUCAUUAGAGGUCUGUUCUUGGCUGGCUUUGGAGCUGGACGCAAGGGAAAGACAGCUUAA